AUGGCUUCAAAGGAAGAAACGAUUCACCUGGAGCGGCAUAUUCAACUCACCUGGAAGUCAUGGGUUGUCGUAUUUAUCUCCUGCUUUGCGGUCUUUUCGCAAAUUAUGGUUGUCGUCGCCGCAAGUUCGGUCAUCGCGUUCAUCGUCCGCGAUUUGGGCGUAAAUAACAGCGGGUGGAUUAUCCAAGGACCACUCCUCAUGCAGAGUGUGCUGUCGCCAUUUAUGGGUCGACUCAGCGACGUUCUGGAUCGAAAAAUGCUUUCUGCUGUGCCACCGCUGAUAGCUUUUGCUGGAGCUGUGAUCUCGGCGAAAGCCAAUUCAAUGGGUAUGCUCAUUGGAGGAGGAAUUCUGAUUGGCACGACACUUGCCACAAUAAGCAUCGUGCAAUCCAUUCCCUCAGAAGUCCUUCCUAUGAAGUAUCGCCCGUUGGCGAAUGGACUGGCUUUCUUCGCUGGCGCAACCGGUGGUCUAGUAGGAGGACUUGGUGCCGGGCAUAUGACAAAUCUCAAUCCGGGUGGUUGGAGAAACAUCUUCUGGGUUCAGGCGGCUUUCCAUCUGGCAACCGCGGCAGGCUUUCUAUUCUUCUACUGGCCGAAAAAGAAAUCUGAUUACCCUCGAAUGACAUUGAAAGAGUACAUCUGGGCUAUAGAUCCAAUUGGAAGCGUGCUCUUUGUCGUAUCGGCCACGUUGAUGCUGCUAGCCCUGGACUGGGCAGGAGGAGCAUAUGCCUGGAGUGAUGCGCAUGUCGCUGCGCCUUUGGGAAUCGGGCUGGGUGUGCUCGUGCUCUUCUGUCUAUACGAGUGGAAAGGACGAAGCGAUGGGAUUGUCGCACAUGUUUUCUUCCGAGACUCACCGAAUUUUGGGCUGAGCUGCUUCGCUUUUGCCGUCGAAGGCUGGAUCUUCUACUCCGCCGUAAAUGCUAUCGUGCCGCAAAUCAUGCUCAACCUGGGCUUCGCAACGAAUUCAUGGACAAUAUCGAUCAGGCAACUAGCAUAUUCGUUUCCCACUAUCACUUGCAGCAUACUGGUAACAUGGUACGCCACUCGAUACAAGGACCUCAAGUGGCCGCUGAUGGUCACUUUCGGUAUCUUCCUGGUGGUCACUGUUCUAUACGGCUGUAUUAGACCUGACUGGAAGGAUGUGCAACUUGGCAUGAAUGUCAUUGCAGGUGUCGGCCAAGCAGGGCCAUUGACGUUGAUCGUCGCUUUGGUACAAUUUACGGCACCUCAUAAAUACUUGUCCACGGCAACUGGCCUUGCGUUUUCGGCUCGUUCCAUUGGCGGCGCUUUCGGUUCGGCCGUAUUGGACGCUAUAGUCAAUAACAAACUAGGCGAAACGUGGGCAAAGAACGUGUCAGCCGCAGCAAUUAAAGCGGGACUGCCUUCAUCCUCGGUGGCUGCCUUGCUUGCAGCGAUGACCUUGGGCAAGAGUCCCGCUGGCAUAGCAGGUAUUACCCCCGAGAUCAUGGCUGCUGCAACACAUGCGAGCGAAUGGGCAUACACACGAGCAUACCGCCUUGCAUGGUGGUCUAUUUUCCCAUUCGUCGUGAUCGCCAUGGUGGCGAUUUGGUUUUUGAAGGACGUUAAAGACCUGAUGACGGACAAGGUAGAGGCAACGGUUGAGAAUAUCGAACAUUCGACAAAGGUCGAGCAGGCAUAGAGUUUGGCUCACAUGCUCGAAGUCGGGAUUGCCUGCUGUUGCCCUUCCGUCAUCAUUAUAACCUUGAAUCUUGAGCAAUUAGCAUCUACGUACCUCAGCUAUCAAGCCAGCGUUCAUGAUUGAAGCUCGCCGAUGCCUCCGAUAGUCAUGGUCUUGAUCGUGGUAUAUUCAUCGAUGCCAUAUUUGCUACCUUCGCGUCC